UUGCCUCUGGUACCACUGCCAACACCGCUCAACCAAGCACCACACAAGAAUCUAGCAGCUCAGAAUCAUCUAGAACCACACCAUCAACGAGUAGCACAAAAUCAUCUAGAACCACACGAGAAUCUAGCAGCACAGACUCAUUGAGUAGCACAGAAUUAUCUAGCAGUACAACUCCACCUAGCCCCACACAAGAGUCUAGCAGCUCAGAUUCAUCUAGCACUGCACAAGAAUCUAGAACCACACAAGAAUCUAGAACCACACAAGAAUCUAGCAGUAGAGCUCCAUCUAGCACCACACACGGAUCCAGCAGCACAGCUUUAUCUAUUACAUCGCAUGCAUCUUCGA